UCGCACGGACUGCGGUACCCCACCCUGACGACCACCGCUGCCUGCUGUUUGCGUGGUGGUCGCCGCCUCAGAUCUUGUCGCCGCGGUGAACCAACCAAUCACCGUUUCUCGCGACUUACGCGCCGCGGUGAAUUUUGACGGACUGAGCUGACAGCCGACUCUGUCUGCUCGAUCAAGUAUCAGUCAAGUCGACAGCCGCCGUCGAUUGCGUGUCCGUGCGAGCACCAUACAACACGCCUGAUAAAGAACACGUGAACACUAUAGACCGUCGCGAACACGUGCGUGAGCAUUUCGACUUCGAGUGCCUCGAAAGCUCAGCUGCAGUAGCACCCAGUCCCCGUGUACUCGAGUCGUGUAGUGCGGAAAGCAAAGUCCCGCUAUCAUCAUUCUAACCCAAGUAUAUAAUUUCAGGUUUCCUGAGUAGGCACUCGAACAGUAUUGAGCAGAAACACUCGUAGAAGCACUACGCGAUCCCUCCAAGCCCUUAUGGCUGCUGCGACUUUGACGAUGCUCCGCGCGUCGUCAGCGGCGCUUUUGCUCUUGCUGCUACUCCAGUGCUACCAGUGCCACGUGGAAGCUCAAGGCGGGAAAUGCGACCUGAACGCAGGCUCAUGGGUAAAGAACCCGUCGCUACCCAAGCGCUACACGGGCCUGAGCUGCAAGAGCAUCCGAUCGAGCCUCAACUGCCAGAAGAACGGACGCAAGGACACGAGCUAUCUCAACUACGAGUGGCGCAGCCCCGGGUGCAACAUCAAGAGGUUCGACCCCAAGGCGUUCCUGGCGCUGAUGCGCAACAAGGUGUUCCUUGGAGUCGGCGAUUCCUUCAACCCCAACGUGCAGCACUCCAUCCGCUGCCAGGUCGAGAGCGCCGCGCCCACCAAGGACGUCAACGGCGCGUUCCUCAAGACGGGCCUCUCCGCGCAGGGCUACGUUGUGCCGCAGUACAACGCCACUUUCCUCACCAUCGCCUCUAGCUUCCUCGUCGAUGGAACUCCCGUGGGUGCGGCCUCCAGCAGCAGCCCGUGGAAGGUGAACCUGGACGUGGCCAGCAAGGAGUGGACGCCGUUUCUGAAGUACUCGCACUAUGUGGCGUUCGCUGCGGGCCACUGGUUCACCAACUCUGGGAACCUGCGGCAGUGGUUUGUCAAGAAGCAGGCGCAGAAGGGCAUGACAUCAGCGGCGGCGUUGACAGCAGCCUACACCACCAUGCGCAACUACGUGUCGAGCUCUGGAUACUCAGGCAUGCCCAUGGUGCUCACGUACACAGCCUCGCACUAUGACUCGGCGUUUGCUGCUGAUGAUACUGUGCACGAGUGCAGCGCGGCCAAGGGCCCUAUGACCUCCAAGCAGAUGGCGUUUGCUGUGAAGAAAUCGGAGUCGACCGAGGCGAGGAAUGCCGUGGUGAAGGUGUUCCAAGGCAACCCAUCCUUCAAGGUUCUCGAUGUCACCAAGGCCAGCUUGAUGCGGCCCGAUGCACACAUGCAACAGUACAGGGCGGGAACAUCGGACGAUGACUGCUCUCACUUUUGUGUUCCUGGCGUCCCUGACACCUGGUCUGACCUCAUCUUCUCCUACAUGACCAAGUCAAUUUGAUAUUCUUUGGUACAUACACCUAGUUAUCUUCAUACACAUUUAUUUUGCAAAGAUGUCUAUCCCUAGAGGCUCGAGACAUGACAUAUCGAUAUUGUGACGUCUCUCUAGUGCAAUGAUUUCCCUCUCCUGAGACGUUAGGCAUGGUAUUCUAGAUUGU